AUGAAUAUAAACAAAAUAUUAUUCAGCAAAGUUGGGGAGGUGAUGAAAAAUGGGAACAGUGGAUUGAACAUGCAGCAAGGAGCAAGUCAGUUGUUAAGCGGGAAGAAAUUAAUAUACAUUAGUAAACCAACUCAUGGAGGUUUCAUAUACUGGAAGUGCAGGGAACUCAUACACACAGUAAAAAAGAAAACGAAAAGGUGCGCAAGAUACUUGGACAUUAAUCAUGACUUUUCUCGAGCCGCAUUAGUAGGUGUACCCAAAACGAGUUACGACCCCAAGAACAACAUUUUCUACAUUCAAAUGGAUAAUGAAGAGUGGGCAGGCAUUGCCAGCAAAAUGAUGCUGAACAUAUCGAUGAACAUUUUAUUUUACCUGCACAUAUCCUUUUGGAUUUAUUUUAUAUACUAUCGAAUGCUGGUCAACAACAAGAAUAAUGUGUUUAGUAAGUGGAAGACUGACGAAUGA